AUGGUUGAUGAGCAGCUUGACGCCUUGACGAAGAGUUCAGCUCCGGAAUCCAUGGAGGAUCACCAGCUGACGACGACAGUGACAGCAGCUGCUGCUGGCUGUGGCGGCGCGCCGGUGUCGGAGCCGGUGGUGGCGGCCGAGGAUGGUAAUGGUAAUGGUAAUGCUGCCGGCGAUGGCGAUGGCCACUGGGCGCCGACGGCGACGGCGCUGCUCGGGGGGCCGAGGAGGACGGGGCUGCACCUGUUCGUGCUGAACGCGAGGAGGGCGCUGAGGCUGGACGAGCUCGGCGUGGAGGUGCUGCGAAUCGCCGUGCCGGCGUCGCUGGCGCUGACGGCCGACCCGCUCGCGUCGCUGGUCGACACGGCGUUCAUCGGCAGGAUCGGGCCCGUGGAGAUCGCCGCCGUGGGGGUCUCCAUCGCGGUGUUCAACCAGGUCAUGAAGGUGUGCAUCUACCCGCUCGUCAGCGUCACCACGUCCUUCGUCGCCGAGGAGGACGCCAUCCUCAGCAAAGGCUUCGCCGGAGAAGAAGACGACGACGACGGCAAAGUCGCGAAAGCUCACUGCGACAGCGCCGCCGUCGCCGCGGAUCUGGAGAAGCAGCAGGUAGCGGAUGCAGAUCCAGCUAAAGCCAGUGACGGCGAGGACUCGACGCCGGCGCGCUCUACCGACGACAAGAAGGCCGCCGCCGCUGCCGCCACCGGCGGCAAAGGAAAGAGGAGAUUCGUACCUUCCGUCACGUCGGCGCUGAUCGUCGGCGCGUUGCUCGGGCUGCUCCAGGCCGUCUUCCUCGUCGCCGCCGGCAAGCCUCUGCUGCGCAUCAUGGGCAUCAAGCCGGGCUCACCGAUGCUGAUCCCUGCAUUGCGCUACCUGGUGGUGAGAUCUCUGGGAGCUCCGGCCGUGCUCCUGUCCCUGGCAAUGCAAGGAGUUUUCAGAGGAUUCAAGGACACCAAGACACCCUUAUAUGCAACUGUGGCCGGCGACCUGGCGAACAUUGCCCUGGAUCCGAUCUUGAUAUUCAGCUGCCGUUUGGGUGUUGUCGGUGCAGCCAUCGCCCAUGUCAUUUCUCAGUACCUGAUCACGCUGAUAAUGCUGUGCAAGCUGGUGAGGAAGGUCGAUGUCAUCCCGUCCAGCCUGAAAUCGCUCAAGUUUCGUCGUUUCAUCGGAUGCGGGUUUCUGUUGCUGGCGAGGGUGGUGGCCGUGACGUUCUGCGUGACGAUGGCGGCGUCGCUGGCCGCGCGGCACGGCACGACGGCCAUGGCGGCGUUCCAGAUCUGCGCCCAGGUCUGGCUGGCCACGUCGCUCCUCGCCGACGGGCUCGCCGUCGCCGGCCAGGCCAUGAUCGCGAGCGCGUUCGCCAGGAGGGAUCACUACAAGGUCGCCGUCACCACCGCCCGCGUGCUGCAGCUCGCCGUCGUCCUCGGUGCGGGGCUCACCGCCGUCGUCGCCGCCGGGAUGUGGUUCGGCGCCGGCGUCUUCACCAGCGACGCCGCCGUCCUCGCAACCAUCCGCAAAGGCGUCCCGUUCGUCGCCGGCACGCAGACGAUAAACACGCUGGCGUUCGUCUUCGACGGCAUCAACUUCGGAGCGUCCGACUACGCGUUCGCUGCAUACUCCAUGGUCGGCGUAGCGGCGGUGACCAUCCCGUGCCUGAUUCUUCUCUCGUCGCAUGGCGGCUUCGUCGGGAUCUGGGUCGCGUUGACCAUCUACAUGAGCGUCAGAGCCUUCGCUAGCACCUGGAGGAUGGGAGCAGCCAGGGGGCCAUGGACGUUCCUUCGCAGAUGA